AGUCGUGUCAACAUGGUUUCAGUUAUCCUGCAGGAAAGUAAGACUUUAACUUUUUAUUUGAUACAUCAAAGCGUGAAGCAUCUGGAACCCACCUACCAAGCUCUCCUGGAUUCCAGUUUUCAGCUGCCGGUAACCUCUCCCUUUUCCAACGGCCAGUCUCUCCUGCCUGCCUCCCUGCAUUGCACGCUGUACCCACCUGGGUCUUUGUCUCCUGCCCCCCCCCCCCCCCCUCCUCCAAGCAACCUCCACCUGCAAGCACUGCCCUGGCCAGCCACAGUUUCCCCUGCCCUGUCCCUGCACCCAGUCGUCCCUGUAAUCUAGUCGUAGUUCCGUUAUGGUCAUAGUUUCUCUUACCUCAGACAUCUAGUUUACGUUCCUUAUUACUAGUCUGAGUUUUCUGUUGAUUUCCAAACAUUGAGAAUAAAAG